AAAAACAGCGUUGUGUAAUUUAACAAAAGUUGAUGGCUCGUUCGUACUACCAAUCGAUAUCAAAGAAUUUAUUCGAAAAGUAUACAGUUAUUUUUCAAAAAGAAAAACGAAGGAUAAUUCCUUAAAGCGUUUAAUAAGGAAGUUGAAGCCAAUCAGCCAAGAGUAAAUGCACGAAAGGUGGCGCAAGAACGAAACAACACCUACUUGCAAGCCCAGCUUCUUGGAGCAACUUUUACAAGACAAGGCUUCAACAACCCCAGAAACGACAGAUACCCCAAACCACCACUCACCUCAGACUUUAACAAGUCAAAGUUCAUCGUCAAGACCUAUAAAGAAGACCUGUACCUUGGAUAAAAAUAAAAAGAGAUUCACAAUAUUCCAUCCAACCGCGUAUCUGACUUGUCCAAAUAAGCCGAAAAUACAAAAGUCUGACCGAGAGGCGAUUGAUGAUUUCUGUGACAUUGCAAUGGAGUUUCUGAUCAAUUCAAAUAACAAUAAAAUUGGGGAAGCAAUGGAGGAUUACAAAAGGUACGCCGAGGAUAGACACCGAUUAGCUUCAUUUGAUAUAUUUCCUGGUGUCAGGGAUUUCAUCAACGAGGCCAUGAAUGCGGAUGAAAAGGACAUUGUGAGAAUGCUAUGGAACAGUAAGAUUCGAUUAAACUCUACCGGUUCAACUCGUACCUUAAUGGAUAUAAUAAGCUACACCCUCACUGAUUUUACUUCAAAUUGCAAACAGCCAUUAUCUAGUACCAAUAACCAUGAAAGAACACCAUUCGUAAAAUACAUAGUUCCAAUGUUCAAGUACUUCAGUCAAGAAAGACAAUUUAUUGAGUUCUGCUGGUGCGAAAAGGGCUUGGAAACACAAGACAUGGCUGUACUGGAAAAUAAUGAUUUUGUGAUUAGCUUAGUUGACAAAAAAUAUGCGGAUGCAUUGGGGAAAAACACCAUGACCAGUAACGAAGAAUUUUUUGUCGAAUGUAGCAGUGGAUUUGAGAAAGAGGUGGUAAAUCACUCAUUGGAUGAUACUUUAAAACUCUUAGUUGAAUGCAGCAAUUCAUUACUUAAUACCAUUAAACAAAAUAAGAAUGCCAGUAUCGAAUCAAUCACAAAAAAGUGCGCAUUCGGUGUUCAGGUGAUCAAGCAAACACUAACUCUUACAAAAAUGACACUCUCAAAAUCGGGUAAGUGGAAGCUUGUGGAAGUACGAUCUGCCUAUGUUCCAACUACCUGGCAAUUGCGUGCGAAUUGGAAUCUCCUCUUCGAGAUGUUAGCUACUAUUUACCACGAGCUACUUGAACAGCGCGAAUUGAAUGCUCAGAUUGUUAAUGAAGUAUGCGGCUUGACUAAACUUCCCUCGGUGACCGUUGUCGACCACUUCUCAAAUAUGAAUACUUGAUUAUUCUCAUGUUUUAUCUUUAAAUAAUUGAAGAUACCUAAAAAAAAUGUUGUAUAUUAUAUAAUACUGUUAGGAGCGGGGCGGGGCAAGAGCAGAACAAAAUGAUUAUUAAGGUGAGUACAGGAGAAACAGAAUUGUAUAUCGAUUAGUAUUGAUUUAUAUAUAUAUAAAAGUAUGACAGUAGAAAAAGGUUGUUCAAAGAAACAGUAAAAAUAGAUAAGAUCUUGAACACAAAAAUAAAAAAAAAAUAAACGUGCUGUUAUUUAUAUUAAUUG